CGACGCGAUAAAAUUAAAUUUGCUGGUCGAGUUAAUUAUGGUUGGGAGGGAUCGAUCGUCCUCUCCGGCCAACCAAACUUCAUUUUGACGGGAAGUUAACAAUUAUCGUCGUUUUAAAUAAAACUCUGGUGCUGCCCUCUUACUUUAUUGUUCUUUUUCCGAUCGUGAAAUACAGAUAUAUGCGCCUGCUAAAGUUUCCCGAUCCGAUCUCCCUCGUGUUCCAUCCUUCAUCAGUUUCGGUGGAAUAUCGCCAACGGCCAUCGCUUCCGGAUCCAUCUCCUUGUUGGACUCUCCAGGCAAAGAAUCGUUUUAGGUUCCGUUUUUCGCUGAGUUUGCUGCACACUCUCCCUCCUUUAGUUUCAACUCAGAUAAAAUCGGCUGUUGCUGCUGAUUCCUUGUUUCCGCAUAGACCUGAUUCUCCUUUGGAUGAUCAGAGCUGACAAGGCAAUUUGGAGGUCGUUUAGGAGACUGGAGUGCAGUUCUUGAAGAUCGAAGCAAAUUUCUGGAAUUGCUUAUAGGACGUGGAGUUGUUGUACCGUAUUACCCAUCUUCUUUUAGUGCUUAAUUUUGGAAGGAAGUAUGUCAGUGAAUGGUACUAUGGUGCACAAUGACGAGAGUAAUGCACCUGGCCUGGGGAAUGACAAGGAGAAGUAUGUACCCUUGGAAAUUGAAAUUGGAGUAUCUCUCAAGGAACACUUAUCAGAUCCUGGAGACGAUGGGUUGGAUUCUCUUAGUAGUCAUGGGUUAGCGUCCACAAAAUCGAAGAGUGCUAUUUCAGCUCCAGAUGUCUUGAAGACCCUGUUUUUCAUCCUUGUGUGGUACACGUUUAGUACAUUUUUGACUCUGUAUAAUAAAACUCUUUUAGGAGAUCAUUUGGGAAGAUUUCCAGCUCCUCUAUUGAUGAAUGCCUUCCACUUUGGAUUGCAAGCUGCUCUGUCGACGUUCAUCACAUGGUACUGGUCGCACAGAUUUGACACGGCUGUUGCUAUGUCAUGGAGGGAUUAUUUUGUUAGAGUUGUACCAACCGCUCUGGGAACUGCAAUGGAUGUCAACCUGAGCAAUGCAUCACUUGUUUUCAUUUCUGUUACCUUUGCUACAAUGUGUAAAUCUGCAGCACCUAUAUUCCUCAUUUUAUUUGCUUUUUUAUUCAGGUUGGAGUCACCUAGUAUUAAACUUCUAGGUAUCAUCAUGGUUAUAUCUGUUGGAAUCUUGCUUACAGUGGCAAAAGAGACUGAAUUUGAGUUUUGGGGAUUUGUAUUCGUAAUGCUUGCUGCUGUUAUGUCUGGGUUUCGCUGGUCCAUGACACAAAUUCUUCUGCAGAUCCUUCUCUCUGAUUGUUUUGUAGGUCUGAAAAAUCCACUUACCUUGAUGAGCUAUGUUACUCCAGUUAUGACACUGGCAACAGCUCUUUCUUCUCUCAUGCUGGAUCCAUGGCAUGAAUUCAAACACACUAGCUAUUUUGAUAGUCCCUGGCACACUGUUCGGAGUUGUCUGCUGAUGCUGUUUGGAGGAACGCUAGCAUUUUUCAUGGUUUUGACUGAAUACAUUCUUAUUUCAGUAACAAGUGCUGUUACUGUGACAAUAGCUGGUGUGGUCAAGGAGGCUGUUACCAUUGUGGUGGCUGUAUUUUAUUUCCAUGACGAGUUCACCUGGUUGAAAGGUGCUGGUCUCAUCGUCAUUAUGGUUGGUGUUGCUUUAUUCAACUGGUACAAAUAUGAAAGGCUGCAAAAAGGAGAAGUCAGAGAAGAUGCCUCGGGUAGGACAUCUACAGAAACCAUCCCUGCAAAGUAUGUCAUCCUUGAGGAGACAGACGAUCAAGAAGACGAAACUUGAUAAUUCUCGUAUGAUACGGUUCCUUGAAAUGAUUAGUGUCGGUACUAAAAUCGGUUGGUUCGCGCAACUGAGAGAGAUGACCCGUCUGCAAAUUCUGGGUGCCAUUGUUGCCCUUUGGACAGAUUCUGCUGAUGAAUGGUGGGAGUCGUGGGACUGGGGGGCUAUAGACUCGGGCGUAUCUGGAACUUAUGCUGGUCUGUACUUUCAGGGGGGAAAAAUUGCGGUUCUUGUCAUCUUCGUUCGGCUGGACGAUAGUAUAUUUAGAAGCUUGUUGGAUAACCAUGGAAGGGUAUAUAAUUUACUGAGAUACGGCUUCUCUAGCUGAAAAGCCUGUUUGUAUCAUUGGAAUAAUCUGACUACAUGUUGUAGUAAGUCUCAGAAUGUUGGUCGUUAAAUAGCUAAAGAACGCCCUCCCGCUCAGCUAUUCCAUUGUUGAAACUAGGCUCAACUUUAAAAUGUAAGAAAUAUGGUUCUGCAAAUUACAAGGUUGAUCAUUAAGAUUGCUAAAAAUGUUCACAUUUGGUCACUUUAAAUCCAUUCGUUGUCAUUAAAAUUAGUUAAACUGUUCAAA